AGUGCGCAAUAAUUAAACAUUUUUUAAAAGAAAUCGAGCGUAAACUGAAAUUGUUAACGAAUUUCAGUGCUGCUGCUUUAAAUUAUUCAAAAACUCACUAGCCGAGUGCUGAAUGAAAUUAAGAAUAGAACAUAGUCACAUUUAUCGAGACUGUUUAAAUAACGCCGCAAAAAAUUAAAUUGUAUCAAAUAGUUGAACUUAACAUGUUCAAGCUAGCACAGAAGUUGCUGCCACAGCAGCAUCAGCGGCUUCUACAAUGUUCCGCCGUAAUGCGUCGGUUUAUUUCCACGAGCGAUGAAGUCAAAUCUGUAGACACAAUAAAUGGUUUGCCGACGGAAUUGGUCAAUGAGCAGAAAUUGAAGAAAACAACCAGAACUUUAUCUACACUACAAAAUCAUUCGGUGCCCAUAGCAGCGCGCGUCACAGUCUCAAAAGAUGAGAGUCGCGACUUUAUGGCCGUGUUUCCUGACGUAGUGCGUGACCUCACCAAUGCGACAAAGGCGUACAAUUGCAGCGAUGCCGCCAAAUGGUUUGCCCAGGUCUUGCAAUACAAUGUGCCGCGUGGCAAGAAGAACCGUGGCAUAUUGACGGUGCUCACCUACAAGAACCUGGUGCCCGCCGAGGAACUAACGCCUGAGAACAUUAAACUGGCCCAAUACCUGGGCUGGUGCGUAGAAAUGCUCCAAAGUUUCUUUAUUAUAUCGGAUGAUGUUAUGGACAACAGCACAACAAGACGCGGCCAAAAGUGCUGGCACAAGGUGGAGAAUGUCGGCCUGACAGCCAUCAACGAUGCCCUCAUGAUAGAGAACGCCAUGUAUGCCAUACUCAAGCAACACUUCAGCCACCUGGACUGCUAUGUGGCUUUGAUGGAGCUGUUCCAUGAGAUCGCGUACAUAACAACCUGUGGCCAAUCGCUGGACUUGCUCAAUUCACACAAGCGCGUGUCGGAGUUUACCAUGGAAAACUACAAAGCAAUUGUCGAUAAUAAAACUGCCUACUACUCCUUCUACCUGCCCUUUGCACUGGCAAUGCAUUUAGCCGGCUACAAAGAUGCCGAGGCAUUUAGACAGUCCAAGACCAUAUUGCUUGAAAUGGGUCACUUUUUCCAGGUGCAAGACGACUUCCUCGACUGCUUUGGCAAUCCAGAGGUCACCGGCAAAAUAGGCACCGAUAUACAGGACAACAAGUGCUCCUGGCUCGCUGUGGUGGCCAUGCAGCGCGCCAAUGCCGAGCAAAGGCAAAUUAUGAUAGACUGUUAUGGACAAAAUGAUCCACUUAAGGUAGAGCGAGUUAAGGAGCUGUAUAAGGAGCUCAGCUUGCCCUCUACAUAUGCCAUUUUCGAGGAGGAGUCCUACAAUAUGAUCAAAACGCACAUACAGCAAACAUCUCGGGGCGUGCCGCAUCAGACCUUCUUGCAGAUACUUAACAAAAUCUAUCAACGGGACUCGUAAACUUAAUACAAUAACAUCUAAUACAUACAUAAGUGGGUGUGACUAAAAUAAUAUUGUAGUAUAGUAUAGUAUUUGACUGGCUUGUGUGCAUGUAUGUGUAAUUUGGUAUAUUCAAUAAGUACAACAGAGAUUUUUUACUGUGCAA